UCACUCCCCAGCUAAAGCCACCUCCCCCACUCUCUCCAUCACAGUUCUCCAACUUUUUUUUUGAUAGAGAGAACGCCGGGAUCCACUAGACAUUGGCCGGAGGCAGUGAGCUUUCCGGCGGCCCGAUGACGCGUCCCGGUGGUGGCCCCGAGAGGGGCCGUCUUUGGCCGACACUGGCCGUGGCAUUGGCCGUGCUCGUCGUCUCGAUCAAUGUAGGCUCGGCCUCCGCUGAUGGCUACAUUUACUCUUCCCCUCCUCCGCCUUACGAGUACAAGUCUCCACCCCCGCCUUCACCGUCUCCGCCACCACCCUACGUUUACAUGUCUCCUCCACCACCUUCACCACAUCCACAGCCCCCGUACAUAUACAAGUCUCCCCCACCACCCUCACCUUCCCCGCCACCACCGUACGUUUACAAAUCUCCUCCACCACCGUCUCCUUCCCCACUGCCACCUUACUACUAUAAGUCACCACCCCCGCCCUCACCCUCGCCACCACCACCAUAUUACUACCAGUCUCCACCACCCCCAAAGAAAUCUCCUCCUCCACCUUACUAUUACGAGUCGCCGCCGCCACCUUCCCCAUCUCCUCCACCUCCAUAUUAUUACAAAUCUCCACCACCUCCAUCUCCAUCUCCUCCUCCACCUUACUACUACAAAUCGCCGCCGCCGCCCUCACCAUCUCCUCUGCCUCCAUACUACUACACCUCACCACCACCGCCGAAACACUCACCUCCACCACCAUACUACUACAAAUCACCACCACCACCCUCCCCAUCUCCUCUGCCGCCUUAUUACUACAAAUCUCCGCCACCGCCGGCGCAUUCUCCCCCGCCGCCGUACUACUAUACAUCUCCGCCUCCUCCAGUGAAAUCCCCUCCUCCACCGAAGCCGUACUAUUACACAUCGCCGCCGCCGCCUCCGAAGUCUCUUCCUCCUCCUUACUACUACACCUCGCCGCCGCCGCCGCCAUCGCCGUACCCUCACCCGCAUCCCCACCACCUGAUCGUCAAGGUGGUCGGAAAAGUCUACUGCUACAGAUGCUACGACUGGGGGCACCCUGUGAAAUCCCACGACAAGAAGCACCUCAAAGGUGCCGUCGUGGAGGUGACCUGCAAGGCCGGCGAGAAGGAGAUCAAGGCGUACGGCAAGACCAAGAUCAACGGCAAGUACAGCAUCACCGUCGACGGGUUCAGCUACGGCAAGGACGGCAAGGCGGAGGCGUGCAAGGCGAAGCUCCACGCGGCGCCCAAGGACUCGCCGUGCAGCAUCCCGACCGACCUGCACUGGGGCAAGAAGGGCGCGGAGCUCAGGCUCAAGUCCAAGUCCGAUUACGAAGUCGUGCUCUACGCCAAGCCCUUCGCCUACGCCCCGAAGACUCCUUACAAGGAGUGCGAGAAGCCCAAGCCCAAGCCCACGCCCACUCCCGCUCCGCCUUACAUCUACAAAUCUCCCCCGCCACCACCAUACGUCUACAAGUCCCCGCCACCACCUCCGCCUACUUAUGUGUAUAAGUCUCCACCGCCACCACCGUAUGUUUACAAGUCUCCACCGCCACCGCCACCGGCAUAUAUCUAUAAAUCUCCACCGCCGCCCCCUUACAUCUACAAGUCACCUCCUCCACCACCAUACAUCUACGAAUCUCCACCACCACCCCUGCCUCCUUAUGUCUAUAAGUCCCCUCCACCGCCACCAUACAUCUACAAGUCUCCUCCACCACCGUCGCCGAUGCCCUACAUCUACAAGUCGCCUCCACCGCCGCCCUACAUCUACAAGUCGCCUCCUCCACCGCCAUACAUCUACAAGUCUCCACCACCACCCCUGCCUCCUUAUGUCUAUAAGUCCCCUCCACCGCCGCCAUACAUCUACAAGUCUCCUCCACCACCGUCGCCGAUGCCCUACAUAUACAAGUCGCCCCCUCCUCCACCAUACAUCUACAAGUCUCCUCCACCGCCGCCCUACAUCUACAAGUCGCCUCCUCCACCGCCAUACAUCUACAAGUCUCCUCCACCACCGUCGCCGAUGCCCUACAUCUACAAGUCUCCUCCACCGCCGCCCCUACAUCUACAAGUCGCCCCUCCACCACCGCCAUACAUCUACAAGUCUCCACCACCACCCUUGCCUCCUUAUGUCUAUACGUCCCCUCCACCGCCACCAUACAUCUACAAGUCUCCUCCACCACCGUCGCCGAUGCCCUACAUAUACAAGUCGCCCCCUCCUCCACCAUACAUCUACAAGUCUCCUCCACCGCCGCCCUACAUCUACAAGUCGCCUCCUCCACCGCCAUACAUCUACAAGUCUCCACCACCACCCUUGCCUCCUUAUGUCUAUACGUCCCCUCCACCACCACCAUACAUCUACAAGUCUCCUCCACCACCGUCGCCGAUGCCCUACAUAUACAAGUCGCCCCCUCCUCCACCAUACAUCUACAAGUCUCCUCCACCGCCGCCCUACAUCUACAAGUCACCUCCUCCUCCACCAUACAUCUACAAGUCACCUCCACCGCCGCCCUACAUCUACAAGUCUCCUCCACCACCACCGCCGACUUAUAUCUACAAGUCGCCUCCUCCUCCACCAUACAUCUACAAGUCCCCUCCACCGCCUCCCUACAUCUACAAGUCUCCACCACCACCAUCCCCAUCUCCACCUCCUCCUUACGUCUACAAAUCGCCGCCUCCCCCAUCACCAUCUCCUCCUCCUCCCUACCACUACACUUCACCUCCACCACCGGUGAAGUCUCCACCGCCACCAUACCACUACAUAUCCCCACCACCACCGUCACCAUCUCCACCUCCUCCUUAUGUAUACAUGUCCCCACCUCCUCCCUACCACUACACAUCACCUCCGCCACCGGUGAAAUCUCCACCACCGCCGUACCACUACGUGUCUCCACCACCACCGUCACCGUCACCACCUCCUCUUUAUGUCUACAAGUCACCACCUCCCCCUUCACCAUCCCCUCCUCCUCCCUACCACUACACAUCGCCACCACCCCCAGUGAAGUCGCCUCCUCCCCCAGCAUACAUCUACGGAUCACCGCCGCCUCCAAUUUACUAAGCUCAAAAGGCUUAGUCACAUACCAACUCCAAUCAUAUGUUAGUUUGCAGAAUGUAAUAAAGGAGGGUUCCGAAAAGAAUAGAAUCGGACUUCAGUCUUCCAA